AUGGAUAGUCUCAGGAUCUACGUGAAAGGAGGAACUGGUGGAAUGGGGCAUCCUCGCUUGGGUGGCGAAGGAGGGAGAGGCGGAGACGUCUGGCUUGUCGCCCAGGAAAAGACUACCUUAAAGAGAAUUAAAGACCAAUGUCCCCAUAAGCGGUUUGUAGCCGGAGUAGGAGCCCCCAGUAGUGUUCGUGCACUGAAAGGUGAAAAAGGAAGAGAUUGUGAAGUUGUGGUGCCUCCGGGAAUUUCAGUUCUUUCCUGUGAUGGGGAAAAGAUUGGAGAACUUAAUAAAGCAGGAGACAGAAUACUGGUAGCUCGUGGAGGACUGGGUGGCUGUUUGGUUACAAAUUUCUUGCCUUUGAAAGGCCAGAUACAAACAGUUCAUCUUGAUUUCAAACUUAUAGCAGAUGUUGGCUUAGUUGGAUUUCCAAAUGCAGGAAAAUCCUCAUUGCUAAGCAAGAUUUCUCAUGCCAAACCUCAGAUUGCAGAUUACCCUUUCACAACAGUAAAACCUGAACUGGGAAAGAUCAUGUAUCCAGAUUACAAGCAGAUCUCAGUAGCUGAUCUCCCAGGUUUGAUUGAAGGUGCACAUGCAAACAGAGGAAUGGGGCACAAAUUCCUUAAGCACAUCGAAAGAACCAAACAGCUUCUCUUUGUUGUUGAUGUCUCUGGAUUUCGGCUAUCUUCAAAAACUCGAUUCAGAACAGCUUUUGAAACUAUAUUGCUUCUAACACAGGAGCUGGAGUUAUAUAAAGAAGAGCUUCGGACAAAGCCUGCACUUCUUGCUGUUAAUAAAAUGGAUUUGCCUAAUGCACAAAAUAGCUUGAAUGAACUUAUGAAACAACUACAGAAUCCUCAAGACUCUUUACAUUUAGUGGAGAAAGAGAUGCUUCCACAGAGUACCAUAGACUUUAAAGAUAUUAUCCCGGUGUCGGCACAUACAGGAGAAGGAAUAGAGGAGCUAAAAACCUGCAUAAGAAAAUCAUUAGAUGAAGAAGCAGAGAAGGAGAAAGAAGAAUAUCAGAAAGAGAAACUUCGUAUUUUACAGACUUCAGAAGUAUAACAUAAUUAAAGGAGAUAAUCAGUUUUUGGAUAUUUACUCACUGUUUGUGGACAUCUGAGUGGAUGCUAAAUGUGUGGUUUUCUCAAGAACACAGUCCUCAUGAGAUUGAACUUGACUUCAUAGUUCUGACUCUAUUCUACUAUCAAUUGAACCUUCUUAUUUCGAAAGCAAAUCUGGAAUCCUGUCUUUCACACAUUACAAGAAAUGGGACACAAUAAGGAAAUUGUUGUUUAGCUGUGUGAAAUGAAUAGUAUUCUUCAGUUAUUUAGUACGUUUUCUAAAACAAAUAUGUAAUUUCUUCAUAUGGGGGGGUAGGUAUUGUUUAUUACUUACCUACACGCACUAAAGCUAUAAAGGAAAGUGCUUGAAAUUGGGAUUUUGCUUGGGAAUAUACUGUUUUACAUGCUCAGUCUAUUAUCAUAAGGAACACGGUAAAUUGUGAAAUGCUUUUUUCUUAACUUUUAGCUUUAAAAGACUAGUGUAGGACAAAGGUUCCCAGCCUGUUAUCUGUGGACCCCUGGUGGAACUCCCUGCACCUGGAAUGUUUAAAAAUAAGGAUUGUGGGCCCAAUCUUCACUUCUUCUUUUUUUCUCUCCCCUCAGGGAGGUUUAAUAGAUCGAAAAGGGGUCCAUAUGCUCAAAUAGGUUGGGAACCACUGGUGUAGGAUAACAGCUAUGCUUAUGUGGCCAUCAACAAACUGGCCAAUUUGUGGUUUCCUGUUUUUAAUCACUUAGACCAUCUGCUUUGUUUAACCAAUUUCAGCUGCCAAAAGUACUCUGUGAUAGAUGGAUUUUAUCUUUUUUGAAGGUUUUUCAACAAACAUGAAAUGAAGCUAUAAGUAUUUGGGUCUUUUA